AUGGAAUAUAAAUCAUUCGGUAGUACUAUAAGGAAUGCGUUACUUAAAUAUGCUAUUAUGCAUAAUAUAAGUAUAUGGGACUAUUCCAUAUGGAAUACUCUCCUAAUGACUGCUUUAUCCUCUAUUAGAAUGAUUAUUUUUAUUAUUUUUACUGUUUUUAUUACAUUAUCUUCAAUUUUUUAUAUUAUUAUUAAAAAAAGAAGAUUUACUCAGAAAGAUACUUUAUGUAUAUUUAUAUUUAUGGUUAUAUCCAUAUUCUUAUUAGAUACAGUAGAAAAUAUGAGAAAAAUAGAAAUAUAUUUAGAUAAUUCAUAUCCAAAUAUAGAAAUAACCAUACCGUAUUCGUACUAUUUAAUUAAUAAUCCGUUAGAAAAUGAAAAUAUUUGCAAAUUCAACAGGAAAUUAGAGAAAUCAGAAGAUGAUUUAAAGUAUGGUGAGAAAGUAUCCGGUACGUAUAUAAAGUUAUUACAACAGAAUAUUAAUAACAAGCAUAACAAGAUAAUCAGUAAUAGACUAAUUAAUGGUAAUACAACAGGAUAUAAUAAUAAUAGACUAAAUACAACAGGAUAUAAUAAUAAUAGACUAAUUAAUGGUAAUACAGUAGGUAAUAGACUAAUUAAUGGUAAUACAACAGAGUACUGUAUAUAUAAUAAUAAUAAUAAGUGUAAUAACUGUAUAUUAUUAAAGGAUGAGGAAUUUAAAGAAGUAAAAAGUAACUUACAGUAUAUUAAUAGUAUAAAUAAGGAAUAUUCAGAUAUAGAAAGACAAUUAGAUAGGAGUAAAAUAGAAUAUAAGGUAAAAACAGUUGAAUUAAUGAAAAAUUUUAAAGAAUUUAACAAAUUAACGUAUUUCAUUAGGGAAGAGCUUGAAACCAUUGGGGUUAAUUUUAAUUCUAUAGAAGACUCUAUUAUUUCAUUAAUAGAUAAGUAUGAUAAAGUAUUUUCAGGGGAUAUUUCAAAUAUAACAAGAAUUAAAAUAUUUGAAGAUUCUGUUUGUGUGAGUAUAAAAAAUAACGAAAAAAAACCGUUUUAUAAAAAUUUUUAUAAAAAAAGAAUUUACCAACAGUGA